UACCAGUUCAGACUAUUGCUGUUGUUUGAGUGCGAAUCCACCUUCCAACAGGAUUCGGUAUGUCGGUAUCGAUGAAGGAGGCUUGUCUUCCCCGGUCAUACGCUCUAUCAACUAGACCAUGGAGACAGGCAAUGACUUUCAAAUCCACAGCAAAGGAACUGCGUCAGCUACGGAUUGCUCAAGGAACAUCCAUGACAUCCAUGGCGCUGUACACAUUCAUUCAUAUGUGCCAGACAAUGGACUCAGCCCCCUUGUGUGCUGUGUGCGUGCUGGUGCUGAUGCUUCUAAUACCAGAGUCACACGGUAUGUCGGAACUCGUCUGUCCAGAUGUCGGAUAUCUUGGUUCUCCUGCUAAUCUGACGUGCAUCUCACCAAGUAAUACAACUUCACGUGGCUAUACAACACCGCAAGGUGAAGUUGCCGCCAUCUGCAGUUUAUCAAGUUCAUCAUGUACACCAAUGGACAACUACAUGGCGUCUACCAUCAACCAGACACACAGUAUCCUCACCAUACCUGCAGUACAACAAACACAUGCUGGGCAAUGGAAGUGUACUACCCAUCCUUGGUCUCCACUAUCCUGCAAGAUCACUGUUGUGAAAGAGCCGUCAUGCCUCCUCACGUGUGCUACAAAUUCGUCUCCUUCCUGUGAUGGGGGAGAUCGUGCUGUCCAUGUCAUCGGAUACUACUGUUCGGAACCGGUUAAUAUGAAGCUGGUGUCUGAAGGAUCUGACAUUAAAGUUACCACAGAGACAGUCACUGAGACGAAAAAUAAAACAGUUCAAAUCCCUGUCAGUAAUACUACUUUCAACUUGGUCUUCACUUGUGGCACAUACAAUAAAACUCUUCCUUGUCAAGCAACUGAGGGGAGUACCGAACUAGAUGAGCAAGGCGGUAUCCUUAAUCAAAGAACAUUUCUCGUUGCGGGGAUCCUUGUGUCAGGAUUUGUCUUCACGCUCAUUGCCAUAACCACCGUGCUGAUGAAAAGGAGAAAUUCACAAGCAGUUCCUCAAAUGCAGUGUGACGACCCACCUGAUGUAUCUGCUCACUCGCCCAAUGAAUCUGACAACCCGCCUGAUGCAUCCAUGUGGGGAGCAGAGGAUUGUGGCCUUGGUGUCUCAGAUGCUUCACCUACUGUGACAGACGCAGAACAACACGCACCUGCUGAGAACAUGGAAUUGAGCACGUUUGGAGAAGACUGUGACAUACCUCUAUCAGAUAGUGACUUUGAUGAUAGUAAUAUGAGUAGUGAUUUUGAUGAGUAAUGGGAGCUCUGUGAUAAGUAAUGACACAAAUAAAUAAAAUCAACCAAGGCUCUAGCUGCGAAUCUAUUGUUUUGGGGACAGAACU